AUGGCUGGUAAGCGGAAGAAGACUCAUUGGAGUGUGCGGCGCAAGCAGAAGCAGACGCGUCGUGAUCAACAGCAGGACGAUGAACAGCAGAAGAAACAGAAAGACGACAAUAUUGACCGCCGUGUUAAUACGUCCGAAUCGAUUCAUCCUGGCUCUUAUGCAGUGCACCGUGAGCACGCAAUUCCCGACACGAUAUCGCUACCACCCAAGCGUCGUUAUGGUCUGUGGUUGGCAUUUUGUGGCAAGAGUUACAGUGGUAUGCAGAUCAAUGAAGGUGUAAAGACUAUUGAGGCAGAACUAGAGCGCGCUUUGUUUGAGGCUGGAGGUAUCGCUCCAACAAACUAUGGCUUUCUGCAGAAAAUUGGCUGGAGCCGCGCAGCUCGUACGGAUAAGGGCGUUCACGCCGCAGGUCAAUUAGUAACGGCAAAGCUUCAUGUGAAUGAUGACGUCAUUUCGUUUGUUGCUAAGGUAAAUGCUGCACUUCCUGAAGACAUUCGAGUGAUACAGAUGGUCACUGUCACCAAACAUUUCAACGCAAAAUUAACGUGCGACCAGCGAACGUACGAGUACCUUGCGCCCACUUUUAUCUUUGGAAGUCGUUCACGUCCUAUAGCCUCAAAUGAUGCUGCAAAGACCGAAGAUAACGCAAUGACGCAAUGCCCGCUAGAUUUGCACAACUCGGAGGAAGGUUUUUACCGCAAUUUGGUGGUAGAUAACACGACACUGGAGAGUCACAAGGCUUUUCGAAUGAGUAAAAAGAUGCUGGAAGAGCUUAAUCUCACGUUAAGGAAGUACGUUGGAACCCACAAUUUUCACAAUUUUACGUCCAAAAUGGAGCCUACCAACCCUCAGGCAAAUCGCUUUAUCAUUUCGUUUGAAGCUGACUGCCCAUUUGUUCAAAAUGACAUGGAAUGGGUGCGCUUGCGUGUGGUUGGACAGAGUUUUUUGCUACAUCACAUUCGUAAGAUGAUUGGCACUGCCGUGGAGAUCGUCUCAGGUGUUGCUGACCCAUCAACCAUCGAGCGCGCUAUGAAGUUGACGAAGAUAGAUUUGCCGAAAGCUCCGAGCGUGGGAUUGUAUUUGGCGCAAGCACACUUUGAGGUGUACAAUAUGAAGAUGGCAGAAUCCAUUCAGACGACACACCCACCGCUUGAUCUGAAGGACCCUGUGGUGGUUGAAGCAGUCGAGAAUUUUAAGCGUGACUUUAUCUUUGACCACAUCAUAAAGCAUGAAGAACACACCCGUACGUACGCGAAGUGGUUGCGAACGAUGGAGUUGCUGCCAUUUGACUACCUUUCAAAACCUUAUCUUGAGUGGAGACGCGAGAAAGAAGAGGAGACCGCUCGUGAUGACCGUACAGGUAGGCGUGAGAUGGCCAAGGUAGCGCGUGGAGAAAUUGCUGCUCAAGUUGACAGCGGAUUGGAGCCAAAAGCAGUAGCAAAAGCAGAGGCAUUUAUUGCUGACUGA